AUGUUUAUUUCAUAUGUAUUAUUAAAUUGUCUAUUCUAUUCUAUUGAAAGCCAUACACCUAAAAAUGAUUCAGAUGUCCUAAUUACUUAUUCUGGUCAUGCAGAAGCGAUUAAUGAACCAAUAAAUGUAUUAAGUCAAAACUCUAUGGAUACCUCAGACUAUAUAAAAUUAUCGCAACCACAAUCCUAUAUGACUACUGUUAAUACAGCACCAGAUGAUAUUGUAUUCAUUCCCAAUGAGAAAGAGAUACAGAGAAAUGAUCAGGUUAAUGAGAAGAAUGUGAUGAACAUCGGUGAUUAUAUGGUGAACAAAAAUGUCGAUGAUGUAUUAGAGGGCAAAGGAAUAAAUUUUGAUACAGAAGCACCCAAAGACAUUUUUUUUAUAUCUGGCAAGAAUAACGAAAAUGUUGCCAAAAGUGAGAUUAAAGAAAAAGAAAGAGACAACCAUAGCGGCACACGACGAAGUGGGAAAGAGAAGAAUAAACCAAUUUUGAUGGAUUGCAACAAUUUAGACUGUAACAACACGGUAAACUCUACAUGCGGUGGGAAAAUAGAGCAUAAGAAAUUGAGAUAUAGACUAUUUUUGAACGACUGCUAUUUUCGUAAGGUCAACUGCAAUUUUAAAUAUGCAGAGAAUAGGUAUACCAAAGUGCCGAACGUUCAUUGUCAAAAUAUAGGUGUCCAUUACAGUGUCAGGCCGUAUGUUUACAAAUCAGAACGAGUUGUAGCUGUAGAGAAGAAGAAUAUAGACUUAAAUGCGAGGAAAAGUUAUUCUUCUAGAAGAUCACAAAAUAAAGAUAUCAACGGCCGUUUCUGUUCCCACCGCUGCCCGAUCUCGUGCCCUGAUGAUUAUGACCCCGAGUGUGCUGUAUCUACCACUGGCCGAAGAAAGGUGUUCAGCAAUCAUUGCAAACUGGAUUACGACUCUUGUACUUACUCUGUCAUUUGGCAACGACGCCCUCUGGCGGAGUGCGUGGGAGGUAAGAAGGCGGAUUUGCAACAGAACAGAGGCUUCAUAGGAUGGAUGCAGAGGGUUGGCAUCGUUGAUAACAGAGGGCGGCUCGUGUUACAAUAA